CGUAGUUUAAUUGAUUAAAAACAUAAAUUAUGGCACACUGUAAAAAAUUACUUUUCAAAGUAAUUAUUGGAGUAUAUUUUAAAAGAAAAUAACAUUUCAGUUUUUCUACUUCAAAAUCUCGUGUUUAAUUCAAUGUGUUACUUUCUGUUUCUUUGUGAAAUUUACUGGCAAUUUCUGAUGCAAUUUGGUUUCUACACUAAUUUUUUCGCCCAGUGCACCGCAACUUUUCAAAAGCAAUUUGUCAGGUUGUUUAUUUGAGCUUUAGCACAUCAGUUAAAUAUUUCAAAAGAAGUUUGAAAAUGAAAUCUGCACACAAUCACUAACAGUUCACUAUCAGUUCUUUGCCUGUGACCUUUUCCGCUCACUUUCUCUCGCACUCACACAUGCAUUUAAACAGGAUGAGGCAGAAACACUCAAGAACAGAUAGGAAGAGGUAGCAUUUUACAUCCUGCACUUGAGAAUGGACUUUGACUACCAAAACCUUAAAGAUGCUGAAUUUCAGCAGAGAGAAGAGCAACUGAGCACUCUUCCUGCCCAUUACCCAAGACCAAGGCCCCGUCCAUCCGUAGCUCCAGAGAACCAUCCCACAACCAAGAAACCUCCCGUAAAACCCCGGCGGAGCAUAAAGUGUCGUCCCACAGCACAACAAGAGACAGAGCAAUUAAACCAGGGCCAGCAGAAGGAAAAUGAGAUGACAGUGAAGCGAAUGGAUCCUGCUCUGGUUUUGGGUCCCGUGAGGCCCCUGGAGGCUCUGGCUCCAUCUCUGCGUGCUCACACUCUGCUCUGGUUUGAAAGAACGCAGCUGCCUCGACUGCACAGGCCUGGACAGCCUCUUCCCCGCUGGCUCCAUGGUUUCGCUACACGCAGGGAAGCGGAACAGCUGCUACAGGAUAAGCCACAAGGCUGUUUCCUGCUGAGGCUCAGCGAGUCAAAGAUCGGCUUUGCGCUGUCUUACAGAGGAGAAGACCGGUGUCGUCAUUUCAUAAUUGAAGAGGAGGAGUGUGGAUCAUCUGGUAGUGUAUAUCUAAUUGCUGGAGAACACAGCCGUCACAGAAGCCUGGAUGACCUAAUCAACUACUACACCCAUAAUCCUGUGGGGCCUUUUAAUGAGGUGUUGACUGUACCUUGUGUGCAGCCUGAUGGGGGUUUUGAGGAAAUUAAUAGGUGGAGGGUGAAAGACGAGGAAGAAGAGAGAAAUGGAAAAGCAAUAGAUUGUGAGCAGACAAAACUGCCCAUGGCCAUCGGUCCAGCUGUUCUGAAUUCAUCCCCUACAAACCCCUCCAAUACGACCAUUUCUGCAACAGAAGAGCCUGUGCAGUAUGCAGCCGUGAGAAAGCCACUAAAAAAGACCCACUCGCUGCCAGAAUGCAAGUGUGGAACUGAAACAGCGCCUCCUGGGCUAGAAAAUGGCAGUUCUGAGGUUGCUGAAAGACCCUCAAAUCUUAAUCUAACAGGGGAUCAGGUUUCUCCUGUGGAUGUCCAGUAUGCUCGAGUUAACAAACCCCCCAGAGCAGUAUCAGAAAAUACCCCAACUUCAGUGCCCACCCUGACCUCCAGGGAGCGACAGCAGCCUUUACCCCUCCAUCCAUCCCAAACUUUGACACAACAGCAGCAGACCCGAAAUACUGGAAACUGGAGCCCAUGCACACUUAUGAAGAAACCCCCCACACACGCAGUCGUCCAGAAGAGAUCGACUGCUAUGCCAUGGGGUGGAGGAGGCAGGCGGCAGGGGAUGAAGUGAACCUUCCAAAAAUCAUCUGUAUUCAGAGGUGAACAUCAAGGGUGCCCAAGAAGGCUUUGCUAUACCAAGACCCGGGCCUAGUCUUCCUCUUAGACCUCCCCCAAGAUCUGCUCAUGGUCCUUUGCGACCAGAGCUCGCUGGGCAGAGUUUUGGUGUGUCCCCACUGAUGACUCCACCUCAGCAGUCUGGUUUUCGUCAUUCAGAGCAGCCAAAUCUGAACGCUUCCUCCAGUUCCAUUUAUGAGCAGAUUCCUGAAAGACCAACCAGCUCUAAAGCAUGUCUGCCCCCACCAAAUCACAAACGCUGACCUCACAAUUGUAUAGACCUCUAACUUCACCAAAAGAGUGUUUCCUUUGUAAACACUUUGUAUAACGAGAUUAAACAGCAUAGUGAUAUUAGGAUGACAUAUAUGUACCAAAACAUUACAUUGCUUAUAAGCUGUAUAUACAUUUAUAAGGCUUGUUAAUAGUGAUCUCCCCAUGGAGGUUGUAGGCAUGUUUAUCUGUGUUUUUCAUUUAUUUAAAUUGCAUCUGAAUAUAGUUUUUUUUUCCAUAGAAGUGACUCAAAGUUAUAAUUGUACAGUAAAUAAUUUCAUAAUUAAUCAUUUUUAAUCAAAUACAUUAUUACGAUUACCAAAAACAGAUUUUGUUUGGGUGAAUUGCAGCCCUCCUCCCUAUUCAUUUUUAAUUACCUAAAGAUUGAUGAUAUCUUCAAGUGAGGUUUGAUAGACCAUAAUAUAACUAGCUUGAAUUAUUUAGCUGAUGAUAUUACCAUGAAAGACUAAGAAUGCACUAAUCACUGCAUGAGAAGAACAUCACAGAACAAGAAAGCAGACACACAGAU